ACUCAUUGAAUUGCUCGACGCUUUGCGGGGUAUUGUUAUUAUUAUUAUCACCGCGACAACCAAAAAGAGAAGGUUAUCCGAUAUUUUUUCAAAUUUAUUGCCUUUUUGAUUAGUGAAAUAGAACACACCUCUAGUCUACUUUAUUUUUCAAACCAAUCACAAGUAGAAGAGACAUGGACGUGACUCAACUUUUGCUCCAUGCUCAGUCAGCGGACUUUAAAUUGAGAUAUGAAGCAGAGCAAAGCUUGAAGCAACUUGAAGAAACCAACUUCCCCACUUUUGCAGCUAGUUUAGCAACAGAAUUAGCGGACCAGAGUAAACCUCCCUCUGUAAGACAGUUAGCUGGUCUUGUCUUGAAAAACAAAUUUGAUGCACGUUCCAGCGUAAGAAGAGAAGAACUUGCCAAGAGAUGGGCUGCAGUAGAAGAUACUGAAUCCAGACAUAAAGUAAAGGCUUUGUUGUUGCAAACUCUUUCCUCUGAGGUGCAAGAGGCAAGACAUACAGCCGCACAAGUGGUUGCUGCUUUGGCAGUCAUUGAGCUGCCAUUGGGUUUGUGGAAUGAGCUUAUUGAAAUAUUAUUGGGCUAUGUAGUCAAUCAGAAUUCGAGCGACGAACUUAGAGAAUCGAGCAUCAUGACGCUGGGUUAUAUGUGUGAAACUGCUUCACAAAAUGGAGAAGUUGAUAUUUUAAGUCAAAGAAGUAGUCAAAUUUUAACUGCAGUAGUAAGAGGAAUAGAAGAACCAGAAGAAAAGUUCAAUAUACGCUUUGCCGCGAUAUCUGCUUUAUUGAAUGCUAUCGACUUUGCAAAGGCUAACUUUGAAAGUGAAACGGAAAGGACAUAUAUCAUGAAUACAGUUUGUAAAGUUGCAUCGGGUUCAGAUGAGCGCAUAAGGAUAGUUGCAUUUGAAUGUUUUGUAAAAAUUGCAGAGUACUAUUAUUCACAUUUGGAUGCUUACAUGAACAUGUUGUUCCAAUUAACUGUGAAUGCUAUUACUAAUGAUGUUGAAAGUGUAGCUCUACAAGCCAUUGAAUUUUGGACGACCAUUUCAGAGGAAGAAAUUUAUCGAAAUCAGGAAGCCGAAGAAUUGAAUAAAAAGAGUUCCUCAAUGAACUAUAUCGUUCAGGCAUUGCCAUAUUUGUGUCCAGUCUUAUUGCGUUGUCUUUUAUUGCAAGAAGAAGAUCAAGACGAAGAUAGUUGGAAUAGAGCUACUGCUUCAGGCACAUGUCUUACGCUCGUUGCUCAAGCGAGUAAAGAUGCUGUCGUUCCCUUUGUGAUUCAGUUUGUACAAGAACAUAUUGGAAAUGAUACUGAUUGGCGUUCGAGAGAAGCUGCAACAUUGGCGUUUGGUUGUAUUUUGGAGCCAGAUGGACCUUCUGCACAAGGAUUGGAACCUCUUGUUACGGAAGCCGUUCCGAUUUUGCUCAAUCUAUUGACAAGAGACUCAAAUGUGGUGGUUCGUGACACUUCUGCUUGGACUCUUGGAAGAGUUUGUUCUUUAAGUAAAGAAGCAACGAAACGAUAUCUUCAACCAUUAACGGAAGCGGCAUUCAACGCUUUGGAACGAGAUGAACCACGAGUAGCAUCCAAUGCAGCUUGGAUCUUUUUGAAUAUUGCAGAGUCUUUUGAAGAGGACCAUGACAAAUUAAAUAAUGAGUUGGAUAUAUAUGUUGAGAAAAUAAUGUCUAGUCUCUUCUAUGCUGCUGCAAGAGAAGAUGCAGCGGAACAUCAUCUUCAAGUUUCGAGUUAUGAAGCAUUUGCGCCACUGGUACAUUGCGUUUCUGUUAGUUGUCAGAAUUUUAUAUUUCAGAGUAUACCUCUACUCUUAAGUAGAUUGGAGGCAACCUUUCAAAUGGAAGUGAAUGGAACCGAAGCAAGAAACGAACAAGCAGAAACUCAAGGCCUUAUAUGUGCUUCACUACAAGCAAUCAUACAACGCCUUCGACAUGACGUUGUAGAAUAUAGUGAUCGAAUGAUGCAGGCAUUUUUAUUUGUUUUAUCUUCUGGAUCUUCUUCUUCUGAACAUGAAGAUGCUUUGUUAGCUAUAGGAAGCUUAGCAGAUGCUAUAGGAGAAGAUUUCAACAAGUAUAUGUCUCACUUUGCUCCGUUUUUGAGUGUUUCUCUUCGAAAUUGGGAUCAGGUGGACCUUUGUAAAGUGGCUGUAGGUGUAGUCAGUGAUAUCUGUCGCUCAUUGGAACUUGGAAUUCUUCCGUAUGCUGAUGAUAUUGUUAUGUAUUUAUUAAGUGCCUUGAGUAGUCCAGAAUUGGACCGAACAGUAAAACCUCCCAUUAUCACAUGUUUUGGUGAUAUUGCAUUAGCGAUAAGUGGAAAGUUUGAGCGUUAUUUCUCUCAUGUUAUGCCAAUAUUACAACAAGCAGCUCAAGCUUCAUUGGCUGUGCAUGUAUCUGAGGAUGACUUUGAUACUCAAGAUUGGGUUAUUGAACUUCGAGAAAGCAUUUUACAAACAUGUACUUCCAUUAUUCAGGGCUUGAAAACGGAUAAUAGGCAAGAGUUGAUUAUUUCUGGAAGACAUUCAGAAUGGAUACUUCAGUUCUGUGAACGUGUUAUUCAAGAAAAAUUGUGUUGCACCGAAAAGUUGAUUGCUGCUGUUGUUGGUGUGGUUGGAGAUAUUGCGUCUGCUCUGGAAAGUUUGCGUCCCACUUUGAAACAGAUGCCGUGGAUUCAGCAGAUGAUCGAUCAGUGUUCAAAGAGUCCUGAUAAAGAUAUCCAAAAUGUGGCAAUGUGGGCAAAAGGAAUCGUAUAUUAAAAGAGUUGAAGAUUGAACUUGA